AUGAAGAACAGAUUAUCUCAGCGCAACCACCGGCGAAGAGCAAAAGAGAGCAGUGAGGCUACCAAGGCACAACCUCAAUACGCAGGCGUAGGCAUAAACUCAGAAGUGCUUCCUGUAUUCACGUCCGAUAAUAGCACAAUGCAACAAGGCUGUGGUCUCGACCGGACCCAAAACCUCCACUACCUGCCAGGGAGUUAUCACGAACCUCUUCAGUAUGCUAGCAGUUCCGAAAACUCGGUCGAUUACUUUGAACGUCAACAAUUUCCCAGCGGCCAGCCAAACUCUGGUCCAACCACUGCAACCUCAGCGUGGUAUUCAGGAGUUGACAUGCAGAAUCUGAUCACACCAGGCGACAUGGUGUCUUUGUUCUCACCGGACCGGGAAUGGUCACAGUCAGACAUAGAACGUUUAUCAGCACCAAUGGAGUCCAACGUUACCGGGCCAGACUCCCAGCCCACGUGUUCUUGUCGUAACAGCUCGGAGCCGGUGCUUGGACAAGUUCCAGAGGGCUUUCCACUAUGGCGCCAGAACGAACAAGGGCCUAAUACGUGCAGGGUCCCAUCGGCGCCGAGCCAUUCUGAGUUGGAUUCUCAUAGAUUACGCAGACGUUUCAGUGAGACCGGCCAUCACGGACCGGGGCCCGGUCUGCAUGACAGCGCCGCAGGAAUGCCGCAUUCAACGCUGCAAGGACAUGUUCAUGCUUGCAGCAGCAGGCUGGCAUCCUUAUCCUCAUCUAAAGGAAUCUCAUCGGCGGAGGAAACUAAGCUGGCCGACCCGUCUCCAGUAGCCGAACUGACCCAUCGAUUCGACUCCAUUCUAGAAACCAUGCGCACAUCAGGUUUUCACAACUUUGACGAGAUGGCAGUAGCUUACUAUACAGGUCGGUUCAGUACAGGAAGUGUCCCAUCAAUUAUGCAGUGUUCUAGCCGGAGUUGGCGCUUAAAAGUCAUACUGCAGAAACUUCACCAGGAUAGUCAAGAAUGGCCCAAGUGGGAGUCCCGGGGGCUCCAUGAGAGCAUGUCGAUUGCAACUGCAUCACUUUGCGUUGAUGAAAUUGAGCAAUUGGUCAAAGACGAAUUUCCUACACACAAGCUCAAGACAAACCACCACGUAGUGGGACGACGCUCGAGCAACUUCUCUCAACACAUGAUAUCGGAAAGGUCUUCUCCAGAAGCAAAGAACAGUCUUUAUCUCCCCUUCCCUCCGAGGUAG